AUGGAAGCCAAGCAGCACUCCAUAAAGAGCCUGAAGAGCUACCCAGAGGCGGGGGGCCGGAGCCUUGCGGCGGCGGCGGGAGACGUCGGCGUUGGAGGGUCUCGUGCCGGCUCCGCACAGAUGGAGAUGGAGGCAAACAUACAGAAAGCCAUUGACUUCAAGGUGGAGGGCCACCGCUGCUACAAGGAGAAGAAAUUCCGGGAAGCGAUAGGGAAGUACCACCGGGCUCUGCUGCAGCUGAAAGGGGUACAUUUAGUGGAUGGAAGUACGGGCUCCGAGGUCAACCUCCUGAGCCAAGCCGCGGUCAAGCUUACGGAGGAGCAGCGGAGAACCGUGGAGAUCACGGAGAUCGAGUGCUACGACAGCCUGACAGGUGAGUAACGUUAGCUAGCCUAGUCGGUGUUGUUGCUCAGCGUCGCGGGUCCACGCAACGGAGGAGACCCCCGCUCUUGAGGUUCUUGAGCAUGGACAGCUCGUAUGCUGAGAUUGAACCACUGCUGCCAUUGUUCGUUCCGGUUCACGGGGUUAGGAAGGAACUAGUUUAGACAAUUAGCCAGUGUCAAGCAUAAUUUCCGCUGCUGUGAAGCCUGUAUGGGGUUGGUUAAUAAGAAUAGACUUAAUAAUACAUCCAUUGCGCUUUGCACAAUGGACAGCACCAUGGUGCUGAAUAUAGACGGGGAGAUGGCGAAUGUGUCCAUAUUUUUAAUUGUGUGAUAUACCUGUAAUUUCAACGUGAAAUGUAUUGCCAAUCUCGAUUAAAGGUCCAAUGCAGCCAUUUUUAUCUCAAUAUCAAAUCAUUUCUGGUUAACAAUUAAGUACCUUACUGUGAUUGUUUUCAAUUUAAAAAAGAAAUAAAAAAUAGCUUCUUAGCAUAGAGCAAUUUCUCAAGCAAGAAUUUUGCUAUGACAGUCUGGGAGUGGUUUGACUGGGGUGGAAAAAACAGAAUACUAGCUGUUAUUGGCAGAGAGGUUUGGAACUCUCUUUCUUAUUGGUCUAUUAACUAAUUUACCGCCUAGUGAUGUCACCAGCCAGGCCAAAACUCUAUCCCACCAAAACAGGCUGAAAUUUCAGGCAGUCUUUUUGAAAAGCUCUUACACUAAAAGGGCAUUAUCAUUUUCAAAAUGUCACAGUAUUAUUCCAACCUCAUAGUGUGGAAAUAUAUAUAAAACACAGGAAAAUUACGUUUUUGACUGCACUGGGCCCUAAUCAUUAUUUUAUUAGUAACCUGAACACAGGUUAAUUAUAAUACCAUAUCGUUUGUGUGCUAGACUCGUUUUUGCCUCAAGCCAUGUCUUCCUCUUGUGAUUCUUAUCAAGGUUUUUUUUCACUGUCUCUCUAUUUGUUGUGCUCCAUUCAAGUUAAUUUUUGCUUCUCUUGAUUCUAAACCUUCUCCCCAGUUAAUUCCUUUUAAUAGCCACGGGGGAAACCAGUGAUUUGAUAGUGAUCAGCUGUAGUCAGUGGAAAUGUUAUAUUAGCAGGAGUGGAGAGGUGUACAUCCUGUGGAAAAGGGACACAAAUACACACAGUGGGAGCCUGGGGUUAUAUGCUGCCAUUUCAUCCAACACAUGAUGCCUCCCACAGUGCAGCUGUGUUGUUACAAAAACAGUUCACGUGCUCUGAGGUGGAAAAACAUGGUGCGGACCAUCCCAAUUUUCAUGGAUCCUAAAAUUACCUCACAAAUACAAGUAAUACGGCACUAUGGCUGCGUUUACACAGGCAGCCCAAUUCUGAUAUUUUACCCAAUUAUUGACAAAAGAGCUGAUCUGAUUGGUCAAAAGACCAAUUAGUGAAGAAAUAUCAGAAUGGGGCUGCCUGUGUAAACGCAGCCAGUGAUUUGAAACUCACAGCACUUUGUAUGGUUAGAAUAAUUGACAAUAUUAGGAGUAUUUUCUGGUCAGCAUCGUCAUGUCUGGUCAUCAAGGUUAAGCUCUCUAUCAAACCAACCACAAGUGUCAGUUAAAUAGGCUAUGUAUGUGUAAUGUAAUUCGAAAAGAUAAACUGAUAUCUUACUCAGAUAAACUUAAUAUCUCUAACAAUGAGAUUUGAGUAAAGCUGAGCUUACAGAUAUUUGUUAUUGGUAAUUAUUUGAGUAAGAAAUAGGAUAAUCUAUUCAACAGAUGUGAGUGUAAGAGAUUGUCUACUGCCAGAUAAUCUAUGAAACAGAUGUAUGAGAUUUGAUUCUAACAGAUACAGUGGUCUGUCUGGCAAAUGUGAGUUGGCCUAUAGGAGAUUAGAUGCGUCUGUGGGUCUAAUGAUGACAGGAUAAAAUAUUGUUUACCACUGUGACAGUAGUCUGUCUACAUGGGAGUAUGGCUAAGAUGUUACGUAAUGCAUUGUGAGAUCUAUUUGGUGAGUGAUAUACUAUGAUAUACUUUAUGGUGCUGUCUUGUUCAUUUUGUUGACUAUCUACGAGGAUUCAGCACCCCUAUUAUUUAGAAGAAUCUCUGAUUCAGCAUGCCAUUUUCACUAUAAGAUAUUCUAAAAAAACGGUUAACGUGAAACAUAAAAUGGGUUAAAGGCAGGUUGGGUUGCUGUGGUGCUGGCAGUGUCUCUCUGUGUUCUGGCUCCGCUGGGUCCUGGCUCAACUGGCGUGACAGGCUGAAGGUCGGCUCUCUCUGCCCCGUCUUAUGACCCUCUGUCUGGGCCCUGUGGGGGAGCUACCCUGGCGUGAAGGAGAAAUAGAGAGGGAGGGAGGGGGAUGGAAAGAGAGGUUAAAAGAAAGAAGGGGAGAAUAGAGGAAAAUAGGAGGUUAAAAGACAUAGGGAGUGUAAACGAGAGCGAGAGAGAGAAGAAGAAAGAUAAAAGGAGGAGGGAAAGCGAGUUCAGUGGGUGAUGGGGGCAUAUUUACCAUGGCAACCAUCACUGGGCCUUUUCCUGUUGUUAUUCUCGUGUCCAUCACCUCAUUCCGCUCUCACUUCUCACAAUAACAAAGACCCAUACACACAGGGAUUGUUGGAUAUUUUGGGACCUCUCCCUCAUUCUCAGUGUUUUAUUUUAGAAUAAAAAUACAUUAUUCAAACACAUUUCAUAAGACUGGAGACCUCUCCACUCUACCAACGGUCUGGCUAGCCAGAGUCUUGCUGGACAGAAGGUGGCCCCUGUGGUGAUGAGUGAGGCAGCGUUUUGAUUGGCCAGCUGUCUUAGUCUCUGACGCAUGAUACAGGGGCAACAGAGUGGACAGCCUCACCACCAGCGCUUCUGUGUGUGUGUGUGUGUGAGUGUGUGUGUGUCUGUGUGCGUGUGCGUGAUUCUGUUUGUCUCAGCAAUCGUACCUCUGAAGAACAGCAGCUAA